AUGCCUUCGUCAAUGCAUCUACCGGCCUCGGGGGUUAUCGUCCUCAUCCAUGUCAUCCACGCAGAUCUGGAUCAGCUUGUCUCUCGUAGCGUCACUCGACAGGAUUGGCGAUGGGUAUUUGCGGGCAACGAAAUCCACAAGUUUAUAGGCGAAAGAUUGAGGUUGUCAUUUUCAGCUCUUCAGAUUCAUCCUGAAAUCUGCCGGGUUGGAUAUGAGUCGUCCGUGGCAUUUAUCCAAGAUGGUAUUAUCGAUGGCAAGGCUGACUGCGAGAAAGUGGGUCAAAGACUUGUUCUCAUCAAUGUGGUGUUCCGCACGUUGGAUAGGGUCCUCGUUGCUGUCCUCGUCCACUGGGGACUCUGUGACACUGGCACAUCGGCAUAUGCGGGGAGUAAACGUGUAGAGCAGGAGAUGGAAAGCGUAUAUGGGUUGCUAAGCAUAGCAAGAAAGGGAAAGGAUGUUCCAUGA